AUGUCUAUUGGAACUGGACCCCAGGCGUGGAAGACGGAAGAUGUCAAGCGCGACAAUUCGUGGAUUCUGCGCUUGACACCCGAGGAGGUCGAGGGUUUCCGUAUUGCACUGGUCUACGCAAAAGCGCACCCUAAGGAACUUCUUGACAUGACACAAGCCGACUAUCCGUUGCCAGAGGCUUCCAAGAAGGCACUCGAGCGCGCCAUCGCCACCACCCAAGACCGAUGGGGUAUAUGUCUCGUGAAGGGUUUCCCGGUGGAUGAAUGGUCUGAAACUGACAUGCGUGUUGCCUACUGGGGCAUGGGUCUUUACAUGGGCGUUGGUCGCACUCAGAACCGCGCGAGCGAGGUGAUUAAUGACGUGCGGGAUGCGGGUGGCAGUUACAAGGUCAAGGGCGGCCGUGGAUACAACACCAAUGCUGGCCUUGACUUUCACCAGGACUCGGCAGAUGUGGUGGCUCUUUUGUGCCGUCGCACCGCAAAGUCAGGAGGUACUUCAAAGGUCAUGAGCAGCAUUGCGUUACGCGAUCGCGUUGCUGAGCUGCGCCCCGAUCUUCUCCCUGUGCUCGAGUCCAACACCUGGUUCCAUAGCUACCAGAACACCCAGGAUCCCUCUCAACCUCCAUACUAUCGCUGCCCUCUCAUGGGCCAGAGCGGUGCCUACUUCUGCGGCCGUACAAACCGCAAGAAUACUGUUGCCGCCCAGCGCGACUUCCCAGAGGUGCCGCGCCUUACUGGGGAGCAGGAGGAAGCCCUCGAUCUGCUGGACACAAUCAUGCCGGCCGACGAGUAUUGCUACUCCAUGGAGCUUGAGCGUGGUGAUAUGCAGCUGUUGAACAGCUUUGUGACGCUGCACUCGCGUACACCUUUUGAGGACUACGAGGAACCCGAUGAGAAACGUCAUCUCAUGCGACUGUGGCUCUCCAUCCCCUCCUCACAACCUUUGCCGCCUCAAUGGGCUGAAUACUGGGGUGAUGCUCGGGCGGGAGCCGUACGUGGUGGUGUCCGGGGAAGUGCUAUCACGGAGGAUUUUCUCAAGUAUGAAAGGCGUCAGGCUGAGGCCAUGGGUAUGUCUUUCACUAGCUUCAAGCCGGUUGUGACAAAAGAAGAGAUGAGUAAGAUUGUGGUGGUGAAUUAG